AGGUGCACAUAUAAUGUCUGUCAAACGUCCGUCUUCAGACAUCAGUGGCAACAACAACAACAUAAGAGCUCCGACUUUUCCCGAGGGCUCUAACACGACAGCCUCCGAUUGGAUUACCCCCAGGCAGGCUCAGAAGCUCCGUCGUGUGGCUAGUCUAACGCCUCAUGUUAAACUCCAGCAUCAGAAUCAGAAGGCUAUCAGCGUCCACGAUGUGCAGAAUUUCCUGCUCUGGGCUACUGGCUCUGAGGCGGGGGUUAUGCCUCGUUGGUGUGUAUUGGAGAAUAUGCACACUGUGAAGAAUAUUACGGUGGUUAUGACGCCGUAUUUCGACAUUUCUUCCUUACUAGAGGCCGCUGGGAAGACCGCGGGAGGUAGCAGUGAUUAUCCGUUUUUGGGGUAUGCGCUUCGAAAGUGCAUGCGAGCCGGGUCGUGGCGGCCUCCCAGUGGGAAGCCUCCGCCUAGUUUAGAGAAGGUUUGUCCGGUGCUCAAGCAUUUCUUGCAGCUGAUGGUUGCCAAGAGCAAGAUACCGCAAAAGCUGCGCCCCAAGACUGCCCACUCUAACGAGAAACCAGUGUUGAUCCCUAUUGCGGAUUUCCUGAUGACUACUACCAACAUGAUCGCCAACGAGUUCCCAGUACACAGUGUAAGCGGAGUCCCUCCUGAAGGAUACGUAGAGUGUCGAACGUCAUUGGGCGAGCACAAGAGACCGCCCAUACCUGCCAGUGCAGGCGAGGGUGUUCCUGCCUUUGUGUUCAACGACAAGGACUACAAGAAUCUACUGGCCAUCGACUGUGAGAUGGUUGAUACGGCUGAUGGUCUGGAGCUAGCUCGCUUAAGUGCCGUUGACUCGGGGGCGAAGACUCUACUGGACAUGUACGUGAAGCCAGCUAAGCCUGUACUGGACUACAAGACGGAGUUCUCGGGGAUAACGCGGGAGUCUCUGGUUGGUGUCACGGCUACUCUUAAGGACGCUCAGAAGGCCUUGAUGGAUUUGAUGGACUCGGAGACCAUAUUGGUUGGUCAUGGUCUCGAGAACGAUCUCAAAACUCUUAAGAUGGUCCAUAGGCGUAUUAUCGACACCUCUGACUUGUAUCCUCAUCCUGCUGGCCCCCCUAGAAAAUCAGCACUCAGCUAUCUGGUCCGGAAGGUUCUCAAGUCUAAGAUGUCUCGGGAGUCAACUGGUAUGCAUGAUUCUACUGAAGAUGCUUUACAGGCUAUGAGGCUUUCUAUUCUCAAAUUCGCCAAGGGGCCGUACUGGCACCCUGACGAUGAGGAUAAGUAUGGUCUCUCUCUUGCCUCACUUGUCGGUGGUAUACGUAUUCACGGAGAAGAUGUUGAUCGUGCUACAAUGGUGCAGCGGUAUGGCGAACGCGCGAUGACUGGCGUGCUCAUGCCUGAUGAGGAAUCUGAGUCGUCAGAGCCCAGAGUUCAACUUCAUGUCUUGCGAGGCUUUCAACGGUGGUGUGAGCUACAGCAAUCUGGGCCUGGUUUGACCAAGUCCAGUAGAGCCUCUAGCAAACAGCAUAAGCGGAUGGUCAUGAUGAAGAUUGAUCUCACUAUCCGAAAGCUUCUACGCAGCAUGUCCAAAGGCGAUUUACUCGUGGUUUUCUCUGGUUGUGGUGAUAUGGCCCAGUACGCCACCGCCUUUGACAACUACCGGAAGUCGGGCCAGCAUGAGGCCAAACGCCUUCUUGAACUUUCACGGGAAAAAGUUGCUCGAAGUUUCACCAUGUUCACUAGUGUGGCUGAUGUCCCAGCAGAGCUAUUGGCCGACUCCCCAGUGAACGUCCCGCCGCCUACGUCAUCAUCUUCAUCGGCUCCUUCUGCGACGUCUCGUGUUGUCGAGAGUGACUCCGAAGAGAGCUCACGAGAGACCUUCCUCUUCCAAGCCACUAGCGAGACUUCGACUGAAGAAGCCCAGCCGAGUCCGGCCGAUGUGGCUGUUCGCUCGUGAGAAUGACUGUCUCCCAAGACUGCAACUUAGUCGCCUACUAGCCAUAAUACCAUUGUACACUUUCAUCGUCUGCCUAGAUUCGAUCUCUGUCUGUGUAUCAAUUUCGCGCAUUUGCUCCCAAAAG